AUGCAGCCGCCUCAACAUUCUGAUGAGCUCAACGUCUCCUUCCCCGCAGAACAUGUCAUGCUCCUCACCCUCACCCGUCCAAUCCAGCUCAAUGCCAUGACCCCCACCAUGAACAACGACAUAGGUGCCCUUCUCAACUGGUUUGACGACGAACCCAGCCUCUGGGUCGCAAUCGUGACGGGCGAAGGUCGCGCCUUCUGUGCGGGCGCCGACCUCAAAGCAUGGUACCAAAAUCAGAAGAGCGGUCGUUCUACAGAACAAGAGGAUUUGGCUGCCUCCGUGCACGGCUUUGGUUCCAUCUCCAGGCGGCACACCUCGGUCAAGCCGAUCAUUGCGGCCGUUAACGGCGGGGCCUAUGGUGGAGGCGUCGAAAUGAUCCUCAACUGCGAUAUCGUCGUCGCUAGUGAAGACGCCCACUUUGCGCUUCCUGAAGUUAAGCGUGGCGUCGUGGCCGCUCAAGGAGAGACUCACGCUUCUCCUUCUUCUCGCACAGUGAUUCCCAGGAUCGCGAAAGUUGCGGGGCAUCAGCUUGCUUCUGAGAUGUUAUUUUUGGGAAAGACCAUCACAGCUGUUGAAGCUAGAGAUAGGUUCCGUUUCGUCAACUUCGUAGUCCCCACAUCGGAGGUAGUCAAAACCGCGAUAGGACUAGCGACGCAAAUAACGCAAAACUCUCCCGAUUCGGUGCAGAGCUCGAAGGAGGGACUGAUGCUGGCACAGAAGCACCACUUCGAGGACGCCGUGCACACGCACGCUUUGGGUCUCGUGAGUAAACGAGUGUAUCACGGCGCGAAUAUCAAGGCACGUUUGCUUUUCUUCUCUCUUCUUAAACGUAAGCCCAAGUGGACCAACCCCGCCAAACUCUAA